CCCGACCCCGACCCCGCCAAGGACACCCCCCUCCUCCCCUCUCUCUCUCUCUCUCUCCCUCUCUCUCUUCCGCCGACUGUCUGACCUUUCCCGUUUCUUCUUAUAUAUAUAUAUAUCAUAUAGAGUCUGUAGUUUGUAUUACGGGUCUUCUUAUACUUAGAGAGAGAGAGAGAUGUCGGAGAAGUUCUCGGCAACGCUGAGGAUAGGAGACUUGAAUGAUUACAUAGCACCGUCUCAGGGAUGCGUUGUUUCUCUCAAGGGACUCAAACCACCCCCUUCCAACAAGGUUACCAAUCAUCAACCCGAGGAGAAGGCCCGCUUUGCUACUGAUCCAUUGCAGACGGAACCAGUAAAAAUUUCCCUCAAGGACUGUUUAGCAUGCAGUGGCUGCAUAACAUCAGCGGAGACAGUAAUGCUUGAGAAGCAAAGUUUGGACGAGUUAAUUUCUAAUAUUGAUAAAGGAAAGACUGUUAUUGUCUCCCUCUCUCCCCAGUCAAGAGCUUCCCUUGCAGUUUAUUUUGAUCUUUCUCCACUUCAGAUUUUCAAGAAACUCACAACAUUCCUGAAGUCAUUGGGAGUUAAGGCUGUAUUUGACACCAGCUGCAGUAGAGACCUAUCACUUGUUGAAUCCUGUAAUGAAUUCAUCACGCGUUACAAACAAAAGUAUUCAUCUGAUGGUGAAAGCUCUAAAUCAUCCCUACCAAUGAUUUCUUCUGCUUGUCCAGGUUGGAUAUGUUAUGCUGAAAAAACUCUAGGAUCCUAUAUCCUACCUCACAUUUCCUCAGUGAAGAGUCCUCAACAAACCAUGGGAGCUAUCAUAAAGCAUCAUAUAUGCCAAAAGAUGAAUAUUAGGCCAGAUGAAGUCUACCACGUGACAGUAAUGCCCUGUUAUGAUAAAAAGCUUGAGGCUGCAAGAGAUGAUUUUAUGUUUGAGGUGGAAUCUCAUGAGAAUUCUGGUUUGAAGAUUACAGAGGUCGAUUCAGUGCUGACAUCUGGGGAAGUUUUAGAUUUGAUAAAGUCAAAAUCAGUAGAUUUGAAAGCCUUGGAAGAAGCUCCUCUGGACAAAUUGCUGACAAAUGUUAAUGAGGAAGGGCAUCUUUAUGGGGUUUGUGGAAGCUCUGGAGGAUAUGCAGAGACUGUAUUUCACCAUGCUGCUAAAACACUAUUUGGGAAAGAAGUUAGAGGACCUUUGGACUUCAAAAUUAUACGGAAUUCAGAUUUCCGUGAAGUCACUCUAGAAGUAGAGGGUGAAAUUGUCUUGAAGUUCGCACUAUGUUAUGGAUUUCGGAACCUGCAAAAUGUUGUCAGGAAAAUCAAGAUUGGAAAAUGCGAUUAUCACUUUGUAGAGGUGAUGGCAUGCCCUUCAGGAUGCUUGAAUGGUGGAGGUCAAAUCAAGAGAAAGCCAGAGCAAUCAGCCAAGGAUUUUAUCCAAUCAUUAGAAACUGCUUAUUUGGAAAAUGUUUUGGUGGUUGAUCCCUUUGAGAAUCGCCUCAUACAAAGCUUAUACGAUGAAUGGCUCGGGCAACCUGGUUCAGAGAAAGCUAAGAAAUGGAUGCACACAGAAUACCAUCCUAUCGUAAAAAGUAUCACAGCUCAGUUGCAGAAUUGGUGAGGAGACUUGGGACUCCUGUCCUGUCUGUCUGGUGAAAGAGAUUAUUCCCACCUUCUUGUCAUCUGCUGAAAUCCAUAUCCAUGUUGGCGUGGUGCUUGCUUCAUCCAUCCUAAUGCCGGUCACCCCUUGGACAUUGGGUUGCAAUUUUGGUUGAGAUGAGACGAUACACGCUUGGUCGUCAGUAUGUAUAUAUAGUUUUGGUUUUGGUUUUGGUUUCGGUUUCCUAACAUAGAAGAGGGAAUAUAUAUACAUAUAUAUAUUAUUCAUUGCAGGUAAUAUAUUUAUGGGACACCCAAAUCCUUUUUA